CGCGCGCACACACUCUAGAAAUGACAAUGGCUGGGACGACGACGCUCCUCCUCGUCGCCGCGGCGCUCCUCGCGGCCUCCUGCGGCGCGUGGGAGGUCACGGUGGACGACGCCGUGGUGGCGCCGCUCAUCCACGCGCUGCGGCCGCUGCUGGGCUCCGGCAGGCACGCCGGCGUGGCGUGCGACAGCUGGCGGCUGGGCGUGGAGGCUUACAACGUGCGGGACUGGAAGACCGUGCCCGCCAGCUGCGAGGGCUACGUCGGCCACUACAUGCUCGGCAGCCACUACCGCCGGGACUCCAAGGUCGUCGUCGACCAGGCCAUCGCCUACGUCGACAGCCUCAAGCUCGCCGGCAACGGCAAGGAGGUGUGGGUCUUCGACGUCGACGAGACCACGGUCUCCAACCUCCCCUACUACUCCAGGCACGGCUUCGGGGCUACGCCAUUCAACGUGACAAGCUUCAACGCAUACGCGCAGGAAGGGAGCGCGCCGGCGCUGCCCGAGACGAAGCGGUUGUACAACAAGCUGCUCUCGGUCGGCAUCAAGCCGGUGAUCCUCACCGGUCGGGCCGAGUACCUGAGGGCCUCCACCGCCACGAACCUCGGCCGCCAAGGCUACGCCGGGUGGAUGAACCUGCUGCUGAAGGCGCCUGGCUUCAAGGGCUCCUCGUUGGCCUUCAAGUCCAGCGAGAGGCAGAAGCUGCAGGACGCCGGUUACAUCAUUGUGGGCAACAUCGGCGACCAGUGGAGCGACAUCCUUGGUGCACCGGAGGGCGCCCGCACCUUCAAGCUUCCCGACCCCAUGUACUACAUCGGCUAGGAUGAUUGCUCGUUGUCCAUGAAUAAGCUCCAUGCUCUAUAUGCAUGAUUUGUCAAUAGUCUCCUCCUUCUUGUUGCUUGGUUAAUUUUCUUUGUCGGGAACUUGAGAUCAAUUACUAGUAUUAAUGAAAUGUGUUCUGGAGAAGUGCAUGUUGCUUAACCAA